UUGGCGAAACAAGCGAAAUUUCCCAGGAACAUGAUUCGCCUACGCAACCCGACAGCGAGCGGUUGCUACGGAAUCCCUAUGAAGGAGGUCCUCUGAGGAGUCCGGUUAUUACUUCCUCAUCGGGAAAUCAAGCACACACUAACAAUGUUGCUGGGGCAGGCAAUCAGAACGUGCAUGAACAAACUUCUCAAGUAACGCAGCCGUCGUAUGAGGACAGCACCGAUCUUCCAGCAGCAAACGCGGCUGCAAUGGCGGCUGUCCUCCCGUCAGUCAUAUUGGAGACCCUACGACGAGCGUGGCCGUUACUCAACAUCCUCAUGAACACACAUGAACCGCCGCAGGCCCCUCCGUCGGGAACACCCGGGCAAGCAGAAGGAGAAGGUCUUUCCACUGCAGGGUCAUCACAGCCGCUCUCACCUGUCGCCAUGUUCAAUGAAAGUAGUGAAAUAACAUAUGCUACGUUGAGUGCUCGCAUCAUUCAUGGUGUGUACCGUCAGCGUUCCGCAUUUCAUCAGCCUUCGUCAGAUCCGCCUGCCAACACAUUUCAGAAUGGAACCCAUAGCGCAGACCGUUCACGGGAGAGAAACGUAAGUGGCGCCUCCGAAGCACCGGAUGACGGUGCGCUUUCUCCGCAGCAGGCGACACACGACGACGACUCUCAGGAUGCCACUGCGAACAUACGAACACGUAUCGCAGGCCCGAGUUUGGAGCGCUUGGUUGGCGCACAUACACGAAGGAUGACGCUCGGCCAGCAAAACGAAGCAAGCAUAAGGGUGCGCGUUCUUCCAGACCUCGAAGUCUUGGAACAAGGGCCCUGCCAUAUUAAGCUAAUGCUUGCCAAUGAGGAAGCCGGAGCGGCGGAAGGAACACAUCAUCUUGCCGAAUGGGAAACGUUCACAAGGGCACUGCUGACAGUUCACGUUUGUAUUGAGACCUUGGUCGUGAGAAUCUCGGCAGUCUCCCGGUCACCAGGACACUUCUACCAGCGCUUCAAUUUGCGAUGGGGAACCGCAGUGAUAGACGUUGAAGUGUCUGCAUUUCCCGACCCGUCCAUAGACUUUGUCUUACCGUAUUUGCGCAGGCUAUGCCGACUAAGAAUGGCUGAACAGGCUGGUACAUGCUUUCAAAACAUCGUUCUGGUAAAUCGUGACGCCCGACGACAGGAGAUGCUCCGUGAAUUGCUCCAGACGGAUGCUCGUCUCGGAUUGGACAUUAACAACAGCAACCUCGCACGAAUAUUGGACACUACCACGGAGAUGCCCUUUCUGCGCGAGCUCGUAAUAGACCUCAAGAACACUGCCACUGGACCAUGCGAACCUCUACAAAUCUUGCUGAGCCUGACGUGCCACAUUUACACUGACGUUCGGAGACUGAGGUACGAGGUCGACGCAACCUACGCCCACUUCCUGUGCUGCCAGUGUGCCCACUAUCGCGGCGUAAGCACUACGACAGGGGUUGAGACAAGCAUAAUACCGACACUCUGCGCCCGUCGCGAGCUGACAUGUUCCACAGGUGACUUGGUGCCGUACAUAGUUAGUGUUACGCAUCCUCCAAUGCGUGGUACUUAUGUUUUUCAAGUGCUUUCUAUUGUUCGCAUGCGUGACGAAGAUCAGCGUCAGUAGAUUUGAAAAUCAGGAGAGGGUUUAGGCGAACUGCAAAAGAUAUUGGAAGGUUAUCGGCAAUUUCUGACAAACGUAGAGCAUGCCGUUCUCACCGUUGUAGGACACUGACACCUGAUCUAAGAAUGUGCCUCAGAGCAGAUACGUCAGCAACAUUGUUUCUUGCAAGUGCAUAUUUUUUUAUAGAUUGACAAACUUCCGCUUCUCUUGCGUUAGAGGCAUGCGAAAAUUUAGACAGCCUAUCCAGAUUUUGAAAAUAAUUUUUGUUUGCGACACUGCUAACAAUGAGAUCAAGAUAAGGCAUGCCGCUUACGUCAAGCAAAAGUGAGCCUAACACAACAGAGAACAAUUGGAUGCUAAAUGAAACCACUUGCAAAUGUAUGCCGUCGGGCUAUGUGUAAAUGUUUGCCAGGUCCGUUGAUGUAGUGAUGGCUUGUUUAAAGCGAAACUGUCUGAUGGAUGUCAGAAUUUUUUUAAAUACUUUAAGAGCUGAUCUGCAAAAUAUCAAAUCUGAACACAGAAGCGUCUUUGGAGUAGUUAUUCAGGUCCCUUCAAGAGAAGAGUACCGAACGCCUCAUUUUAGACAAUGAAACCAUGUGCGAAUUUUCAUAUUCCUAUGGCUGCGGUUACCACCUCAUUGACGCAGCAGUUAGAUCGUAUAGUAAAGAGGCUACGCUGUAGCGAAGGCUCACUGGUGUUGCCGUAUGGCCGAUAAAAUGGGCGACUUACACGCAAGAAAAUGGAAGCUAUCAAAAGCCUUGCUCGUAAUGGUACUAUGCUCAAAUCACACCACUAUGCUAAAUUGAGGUUGCAAUGAUGGUUCCUGUGAGUGGUGCUUAACCAAAGCAGCUAAACGGACAUUCGAAGGAAGUCAUGGAGCGCGCCAGCGAGUUCGCAUAUAUACCAUCUUCCUUUUUAAGAGCCCCAAUCUCACAAUUGCGCUACAGAGGUCAAACACAUUAACCGCAUUGGAUGCGUUCGAAUGGUUUCAUUUACUCCAGGUGCUGCUUGUAAUUGCACGGAUACCUUCAGUCGUAUUCUAUGUCAUUACUUUUUGUAUAGUCCUCAUUUUGUAAUUCUUUACAACGGCUAUGUGCUUUUAUUACAUUGACGAUUGUUGAAAAUAAAUUUUGUCCCAUUUCACUUACCUUA